AUGCCCUUCACAGCCGGCCUGACCUGCCGCAACGAGGGGUACGCUUGGGUGUUAGCUUUUUGCGUCGGUGUGCGGUGCGGUGGCAGUAAUGAAACGGGCCCCUACUGUACGCAGGCCUUGCAUUGGGUCGGGUCAGUGAACCCGCCCGCCCACUAUCGGGGUAAAUAUGCCGAAUGCACAGAUGCGCGCGCCGCCUUCCACCCCGCCGCCCCCUAUGCUCCCCGGCGCCGUUGCACUCGGCACGCAUCCAUACCCCCCUCCGCCUUUCACCCUCCCCCCCUCACGUUCCAACUCAAAACUCCUAAU